GUGGGUUGGGUGAGGAUGCGGCCGGACACGCCUCUCCCUCUGAACGCGGAUGUUUGCUCUGCCUAUAUAGCCCGAUCUGCGCGCAGGCAAGUCCGUGCGGAGAACUGGAAGAGCAGCGGCGCAGCUUCUACACACCCAGCAUCUGUCUUUGCACCUCAGCAGCCCCUGAGCACCAUGGCACACAAAGAGUUUGCGACUGCAGGCAAGAAGCCUGGCCUGCAGGUGUGGCGUGUAGAGAAAAUGGAUUUGAAACCAGUCCCUACUGAACUCCAUGGAGACUUCUUCAUCGGAGACGCUUACAUCGUGCUCUUCACCACCCCGGCUCCUUCCUACAAUGUUCACUCAUGGAUUGGUGAUGAAGCUACCCAGGAUGAGAGUGGGGCCGCCGCCAUAUUCAUUACUCAGCUGGAUGAACACCUCAGUGGAGCUCCAAUACAGUUCAAUGAGUUCCAAAACCAAGAGUCACUCACCUUUCUGAGCUACUUCAAGGCUGGCAUCAAAUACAAGAAAGGUGGAGUGGCCUCAGGCUUCCAGCAUGUGGUGACCAACGACAUGAAUGUCAAGCGCCUGCUGCACGUUAAAGGCCGUCGGACAGUCAGAGCUGUAGAGGUGGACCUGAGCUGGGAUAGCUUCAACAAAGGAGACUGCUUCAUCAUUGACCUGGGAAAGGACAUCUACCACUGGUCUGGAAGUGAAAGCAAUCGCUAUGAGCGCCUCAGGACCACUCAGAUGGCCAAUGACAUCCGCGACACCGAGCGAAACGGCCGCGCCACGGUGCACAGGAUCGACGAAGGUUCCGAGCCAGAAGCUGUCAUUAAAGAACUCGGACCCUUGCCUCAGCUUCCUGCAGGAGGCUGUGAUACCACUGCCGAAAAGACCAAAAAGAACCAGGCUUCUCUCUAUCUGAUUUCUGAUGCUGCCGGUUCCAUGAAAACAACUUUGGUGGCUGAUAAAAACCCAUUCAAACAAGACAUGCUCUCCCAGAAUGAAUGCUACAUUUUGGACAAUGGAGGAGAUAAUAACAUAUUUGUCUGGAAAGGGCGGAAUGCGAAUGCAGAUGAGCGCAAAGCAGCACUGGCUGCAGCACACAAGUUCAUCAAAGAUCACAAUUACUCCAGGAAAACUCAGGUCCAAGUAAUACCAGCGGGGGCUGAGACCACCAUGUUCAAACAGUUCUUCUUCAAAUGGUUGGAAGGCGCGGCAACCCCAGGUCAGGUCUACACUAUUGGUCGCAUUGCCAAGGUGGAGCAGAUUCCCUUUGACUCCUCGCAGCUCCACAGCAACAAAAUCAUGGCAGCCCAGCAUGGCAUGGUGGAUGAUGGAUCUGGGAAAGUCCAGAUCUGGCGAGUGGAAGGAAGCGAUAAGGUACCUGUGGACCCAUCCACCUAUGGACAGUUCUUUGGAGGUGACUGUUACCUGGUGCAGUACUCUUACAAUGAUGGAGGCAGAGAGAAGCACAUCAUCUACACUUGGCAAGGGCAGAAGUGCACUCAGGAUGAACUGGCUGCCUCCGCCUUUCUCACUGUCAACCUGGACGACAGCAUGGGUGGAGUAGCUACACAGGUUCGGGUCACCCAGGGGCAAGAACCUCCUCACCUCGUGAGCGUGUUUAAGAGCAACCCUUUGGUCAUCCACCUGGGUGGCACCUCUCGUGAGUCUGGCGACAGCGCGCCUGGCAGCACGCGGCUCUUCCACAUCCGCAAGAGCUCCACCAAAGCCACACGAGCUGUUGAGGUGGCACCCACCGCCUCCUCCCUGAACACUAACGAUGUGUUCGUGCUGAAGUCACCCAGCUCCCUGUUCAUCUGGAAGGGAAAAGGAGCAAGUGAGGAAGAGAUGACUGCAGCUAAGUACGUUGCCGGCCUGCUUGGAGGAAGUCCCACUGAGGUGGAGGAGACCAAGGAGCCCUCUGAUUUCUGGACAGCGCUGGGUGGGAAGGGGGACUACCAGACCUCCAAGACCCUGCAGAAAAUAAUCAGACCCCCACGAUUGUUCGGUUGCUCCAACAAGACUGGCAGGCUGAUUGCAGAGGAGGUCCCCGGUGACUUCACACAGGUCGAUCUGGCAACUGAUGAUGUCAUGAUUCUGGAUACAUGGGAUCAGAUCUUUGUCUGGAUCGGCAAAGAUGCCAAUGAGACGGAGAAAGCUGGAUCAUCCAAGAUUGCCCAAGAGUAUGUGAAUUCAGACCCCUCUGGCCGCCGCGGUGUCCCCAUCACCAUCAUCAAGCAGGGGGAGGAGCCGCUCACUUUCACCGGCUGGUUCCUCGCUUGGGACCCCAAGAUGUGGGACAAAGAUCUUUUGAAGUUCAUGCAAGCCUCUAUCAAGAAAGCCUAACUAGGGAAAACACAAAGACGUAGCAUCUGCAGAACAUCCAGGAAAUUUGAAUGCUUAUCAUGCAUUGCUGGUUUUACGUAAUCAUAAUCAUUUAGGAUAUCGUGAGCUUAGAAUUUCAAACAUCUACGUCUUUCCGUGUAGGUGCACUAAGCAAUAAAUACUUACACUAUUUUGCAACACUGACGUGCUCAGCUCAACACCAAGUUGUGUGUUUUGGGAGUAUCACAACGAAGAUUCAAAGAUAUGCAUAAGAAAAUACUCAACAUUUUACAAUUAAAACAAUCCAUACAUUUGUGCACACGGUUUCCAGAUUGUUCUUUGUUCCUCAUUUACCUUCUUUCAUUUGCAACAAGUUGUAUGUGGCCUUAGAAUUAUCUAAAAAUAAAAAAAUAAGCUCUAUAGCUGAGGUACCGUCGCACACUAUUGUUUCAGUAAAUUGUGAUUCUUUAUAGCCCCGGUUGAGAAAUCAUGAACUUUAAUAAAAACAUAUUGCCAUUUUCA